UCCCUCCCUCCCUCUCUCUCCCUGUUCCAUAGCCAUGUCCUCCGCCUCUCCUGCCUCCUUCAUUGCCCGGGCCUCGACCUACGUCAAGUCGCCGGCCUUCCGCCAGUACAUUUUCAGCACCCACUUCUGGGGCCCGGUCGCCAACUGGACUCUCCCCCUGGCGGCGAUCGCCGACACCAAGAAGUCGCCCGAGCUCAUUUCCGGGAACAUGACCGCCGCCCUCGGCGGUUACUCCCUCCUGUUCAUGCGCUUCGCCUGGCAGGUCCGCCCCCGCAACCAUCUCCUUUUCAUCUGCCACCUGGCCAACUUCGCCGCCCAGACCAUCCAGGGCUACCGCUUCAUCAACUACCACUACCUCACCGACAAGUCGACCCUGCCCGUUGUUCCUGGGGCCACCCCCCGGGCUGGUCAGACUCCGGUCGCCAGCCAGGACUAAUGUGUCUGCCCGAGCAUGCCGGCUUUCCCACGCCAGGGCUCUUGCAUUUGGAAGGACACACGCGCCAAAUGAGAUGCCCUUGUGAAUGUUACAAUAUACGCCACUACAGCUGAA